GCCGGGACGGUGGCAGUGCAGGGGCAGGUGGCAGUUUAUAAACGGCCUCCCCGCACCCUGCUUGUGCGCGCUCCCUGGGACGCGAUCCGGUGCCCGCUGUGUCCUCCGGACACAGUGAAACACCGAUCGUCGGACGGGACCUCUGUACGAGGUCCCGAUCAUGUGAUCACUGAUUGGCCAAUCAGUGAUCACAUGCAAAGUAGUAAGCAUGAUGUCACUUGUGACAUUAUUGCUUACUACGUGUGAAAUCUGUGAAUGAUCACAGAGGUCACAUGGUACAAGGCUGUUGUGAAUAGCCUUGUAUCAUGUGACCUCUGUGAUCAUUCACAGAUUUCACACGUAGUAAGCAAUGAUGUCAGAAGUGACAUCUUGCUUACUACUCUGCAUGUGAUCACUGAUUGGCCAAUCAGUGAUCACAUGAUCGGGACCUCGCACAGAGGUCCCGUACGACGAUCGAUGUUCCACUGUGUCCUGGCACAGGACACAGCGGGCACCGGAUCGCAGUGCUGCGCACUCCCAGGGGGCGUGCAGAAGCAGGGGGCAGGGAGGCCGUUUAUUAACGGCCACCCGACCCUGCACUGCCACUGUUUAUAUAGAACGGCCGGACUGGAGGUGGUUAAAAGUAAUUUUUUUCUU